AGCGGACUCCUUGAGGGGGAGGAGUCUGAGGAGCCUCUGCAGGUGAGGCCGAGGAGGAGACGGAGCCACGCUUCCUGUCUCAGUGAAGCUGCCGGGCUUCCUCCACUGCUGCUCAGGAACAUGACCACAACCAGGGCCACAGGAGCCGUACUUUGCUGCUACGUCAUCAACAUGCGACACUUCACGUGUUGGUCGCUGCUGAAGCUGCGUGAGUCCCGGGUUUGAGCUCAGCUCCAGCUCCAGACGCCAUGAGCGACAGUGACGAUGACGGCGUUCCCACCCUGUCUGCUCACACUCUGGCCGCCCUGCAGGAGUUUUACAGCGAGACCAGGACCGGUCUGGACCACAGCGUCCAACCGUCAGACCAGUUCGCGGUGGGAGCGGUGGAGGAGGACUGGAGGAUGAGCCAGUUCUGGUACAGCGACGAGACGGCGGCCCGGUUGGCCGAGGAGGUCGUCCGAGAGGCUGGAGAGGGAGGCAGGAUCGCGUGUGUGAGCGCGCCCAGCGUGUACCAGAAGCUGAAGCAGGGAGUCGUCGGCGGCUCGGACCGAGUGUCGGCCGUGGUGCUGGAGUACGACCGCCGCUUCGCCGCCUACGGCGAGGACUUCGUGUACUACGACUACAACCAGCCGCUGUCCCUCCCGGCCGUCGUGGCGCCGCGGAGCUUCGACGUGGUUCUGGCCGAUCCGCCUUACCUGUCCGAGGAGUGUCUGAGCAAAGUGGCUGAAACCAUCAAGUACCUGAGCAAAGGCAAGGUGCUGCUGUGCACAGGAGCCAUCAUGGAGAAGCUGGCCGGAGAGCUCCUGGGUGUGACGAUGUGCAGCUUUCUGCCCAAACACAACAGAAACCUGUCCAAUGAGUUCCGCUGCUUCGUCAACUACCCGUCCCGCCUGUCCUGAGGAGCUCGCCGCUGCCGGAGGACGCUUUAUUUACUCAUGUCAGCCGACAGGAAGGCCUCGGCUCACCGAGUUCACUCAGAGGUUUCAACAUGGAGACCAGAGUGAGGAGCUCCAGCGGGUCUUUUUUUUAAA